AAAAAAUAUAAAUGAAUUUUCUAUUAUUCGUACGUCGAGAUAAAUUGCCCGAGAAGAGGACACUCAAGCCAAAGGAUUUCAGGAGUGGGGGUAAAAUGAAAAUAAGUGAAUAGAUAAAUCGAAUUGAGUCUCGGUAAAUCCAGUGAUAAAGCAGGAGCAAACGUGUUUACCAAAGAUGGCUGAGUUCGAGGUAUAAACCCAUUAAACAGCCGAAUCGUUGUUACGCCUGCAAGAAACUCUUCUGCUGCAUCGAUUGCUGCACAAAUCACAUAAGAAAUAAGCAUCCAGGCCGUGAAUCCGAGUGUCCCCUCUGCCGUUCCGAGUUCCUCAUUGUCCGAAAUUUUGAUAAUCCUCACUUUAUGUGCCACGUCGUGAUCAACCACCUACCUCUGCACUGUCGCACCUGUGGAAAUUUAUUUGAGUGCAGUGAUGAUUUAAAAAGCCUGGGGACUUGCUCACGCCGUCCAUCAAAACGAACAGACAACGUCAGUGAAGAGCAGUCAAAGUUCCCCCACGGGCCGUCCCCACUGACCCAAACGCCCCUGAACCCCGUGAACCAGGUCAAAGGAUAUUCAAUUGAGGGAGACUACAACGCGAAGUUCCAGAGCUUGAUAUCCCCUCCAGAAUUCACGAGAAACACUAGCACACCGAUGCACAUUGGGCUAUCCCGAAAGACGACAAGUAUUGUUUUUAAACCCCCAGGAAGCCCGAAUUUCUCUCUAAAGACCCCGACGUCCAUUCCGCAGGGCGUAAACAAGACAGAGGAACCCAAUGAAGGCAGUAAAAGUGUUUACAGUCACACAGGUACCCCUCAUAUUCAGAACAAGCAGUCCUCGAGGGACAGUAAUCUCCAGGAGCUCUUGGAGCAGUCCGACUCCAUUUACCUCAGUUUUUCUCCGUCGAUAAGAUCCAACGCUUCGGUCAAGUCCUCUCUGAAGUCGAUCCUGAUGAGCAGAUCGUCAGUGGAGAAUCUAGAGACCCAAAGAGACAAAAUGCUGGAACUGGAAGGAACCACUGCUGAUAUGGACCUGACAGACCCCCAGGGUUCAACCCCUCUGUCACCUGAUCUGUUCAAUCAAGAAGUGAAGGCACCUCCGGACGAAGUCGUCAAAUUAACAGGAGGCAGAGACUCUGGAAAGAGAGUCAGAUUCUCAGAUGAAUUUGAGGUGAAAGAGGAACCUGAGAUAAGCUCGAGUAGAUCUUCCGUCAGUGGUACUGAGGAGUUCUUCGAAGCCCGACAGAGCCUGUCAGAGUUCACUGUCACCAGUCCUAAAAUGCCACCUGAGGGAAGCAAAGACCCCGAUCAGGAGGAUGUCACGCCCAUCUCCACCUUUCAACCACUGAUUGAUUUCAGUUCGGGUAAACACGAGGAGAACAAGAGUCCAGGGAAUAAGGAGAAUAUUUUGAACACCAACAUCGAGAAUGGCUUUCCCACUUCUACGAAACAGAAUGAAGGGAAUAAAUUGACGGAUAAGACGGUCUCUGACAGUUCCAGAGUCGUAAUGAUGGUGCUGGUAGAGAAGACAGGAGCCGGUGGUAACGUGGAUCUAGCUCCUCUUAUUAAUUCUGGAUUGAAAACGCUAGAAUCGGUGACCACGAGUAUGAAGUCUGGACAGCAAGGGCCCUCUCUACUGGAAGAGACUUCUGGAGUGCAUAAGAAACUCGUGAUGUCAGUCGACACUUAUCAGAGUGUGUCGAUUGAACACCACCGCAAACCUCCCUCGGAAGAAUCGGACCACAGGAUAAGAACUGAAAAGACUGAGAGUGGUGGCUUGUUUUCAGCGGUUGCCAACGCUGUUAGAACAGCCUUUAAAAAUAUCUCAGAAGUGGUUUCAGCUAGACCUGUUGCGGGAGAGCAACAGACCCAUGGGUCCAUUCCCAUGAUUAAGAUAGAUCCUCCCGCGCAGACGCCUCCUCCAAGGCCUUUGAAACGAUCACGUGAAGCUAUGAUUUCAAUGGAUUCUGAAGCUACCGAAAUCGAUGAUGAUGAAACGAGCAAUGAUAUCCGCAGUCCAGAGCAGAAGAGACUUCGAGGUUGGUACCGACAAAUACGAGGGAGGGAACCCAUUGCUAGAAUGAGGGGUGACACGAUACUACAGAACAGGGGAAUCUCAAAUGAAACACAGUGCUUUAGGCAGGGAUCGUUGUCCGCCCGGGAUACUGUCUUGCCUCUGCCCUCUCGGGCUCAUCAAUCGACACAGACUGAUCAUUAAAUAGUCUAUGAUAAAGGUUCUUGUGCCAAUAAUUGUGAAUUUUUGUUUUAUCGGGAUAACAUUGUAGUUUAAAUCUCUCAGCUGCUGCCCUCAUUGCAAUUGCAGUGGGUAUAUUUAUUUCCGGUAUAAAUUUGUUAGAUCGUUCUUUGUCAUUCGGACAUUUCACUUUAGUGCUUGGUCCGGGAAAUUGAGAUGAUUAAUAUAAUGAUUUGAAAUUUUAUACAGAAUUGUUUUUAGAUAAUGACUAGGUGAAAAAAUUGCUGUAUUAAAAGUUGGGACAGAUACUCGGUUACAUCUGUGGUCGUCUAAAACCAGAGGUUUUCCGUUUCGUCUCGAAGUAUAACGUUAAUUUGGCUGUGCUAAAAGAACUUAUAAAUAUUUCUAAUUCAAUUUGAUAAUACAAUAACGAAGUUCAUAAGAAAAUAAUUAUAAAA